CUAUUUUUUCCCGCUGAUGCCGGCUUUGCUGUCAAAUUUUAAAGAGGCCAGCGACAUCAACGUUUGCAAUUAAACUUAAAUUCUUGUUUUAACUUUAUUUUUUAAAUAAAACAAACAAAUCGGUCAAAAUGUUUGAAGCACGCCUGCUCCGUAGUUCCAUCCUGAAGAAAGUCUUGGAAGCCAUCAAGGAUCUCCUCACUCAGGCCACAUUCGACUGUGAUGACAAUGGGAUACAAUUACAGGCUAUGGAUAACUCGCACGUCUCUUUGGUGUCUCUGACCCUAAGAGCUGAUGGCUUUGAUAAAUACAGAUGUGAUAGAAAUAUUUCAAUGGGCAUGAAUUUAGGAAGUAUGUCAAAAAUUCUUAAGUGUGCGGGAGACAAAGACACAGUCACAAUGAAGGCGCAGGACAACGCUGACACGGUAACAUUUGUGUUCGAGAGUCCCAACCAGGAGAAAGUGUCUGAUUAUGAGAUGAAACUGAUGAAUUUGGACUUAGAGCACUUAGGCAUCCCAGAGACUGAAUACAGCUGCACUAUACGUAUGCCGAGCGCUGAGUUCGCGAGAAUCUGUCGCGAUCUGUCACAGUUCGGCGAGUCUAUGGUCAUAUCCUGCACAAAAGAAGGCGUAAAGUUCUCAGCGAGCGGGGACAUCGGUUCUGCGAACAUAAAGCUGGCGCAAACCGCGUCAAUAGACAAAGAAGAGGAGGCUGUGGUAAUUGAGAUGGACGAACCCGUUACCCUCACCUUCGCGUGCCAGUACCUCAACUACUUCACCAAGGCCACAUCACUCAGUCCACAGGUUCAACUGUCGAUGUCAGCGGACGUGCCUUUAGUAGUCGAAUACCGCAUUCCUGAUAUCGGCCACAUCCGCUACUACUUAGCGCCGAAGAUAGAAGAGGAUGACAGCUAAACUACAGAGAUACACCCAAAUCCAUUGUUAAUUCACUGAUUAUCAUGUUAUAAGUACUGUGUUACAAUCUAAUUGUGAUAUUAUACCGGAGAGAGCUAGUUUUUAAGUUGGUCCAUUUUAUAAUAAUAAAAAAUACAUUAAUUUCUAAA